CCUGUUUAAAAAUCCCUAAAACAGUCUCUUUUCAUUACAUCUCUAAUUUAAGAGACAUCACACUCAACAUCAUAAUUCACAUAUACAAGUAAAUAAGUGGUACAUUAGCAGGUCUUGUAUUUUCUUUUAAUUGGGUUUUUAUCAAUGUGCUCUUGUGUAUGAGUCAAGCAGUAAGAGGAUUAUGAAUGUGGGGUACCCCUCUGAAGUCCACUGGAACAAGGGGAGAGCGUAGGACUUCCUCCCACCAUGACUACCUACCCAAUGCGAAGUGAAACCCUACAGUUACGCUCUUGCUCUCAGUCUAGUUGUGACUGUUGACUGUGCGGUACUUCAUGAAUCCGUCAAGUGUCCGUUUUCGACAUCGCUGCUUGCACAUGUUGUGUUUGUCAGUGUUUCUUUUUCCUGCUGGUUGAUUUACCCAAUGGAAUCCCAAACUGGUUUUAGUGAUCCUGCUCCUCCUGUCCCUGUUCCAAGGAUUAGAAAACAAUUGAAAACACCAAAGUUGCAAAAUGAACAUAGUGGCAUAAAUACCCAGAUAGCACCAAGAAUCAUACCUCCAAAAAGAAGGAAAAAAUCAAAUACUUCAUCAGAACUUGAGUACAUUAUGUAUGCUACAAAUGAAACAGAGAUGGAAUGUUCACAUGUUAAUUCAGAAGGUGGCCUAAUAGACAAAACUCCAGGCUGUAACAAAAUAACGGUGAUAAAUAGUGUGGAUACUUUCAACCUAGCAGCAGAGUGUCCAGACCGAAUCAAUAACUAUUUUAAUUUUGUCAAGCCAAAACCCUAUUAUCCCAGUUCCAACACUCUAUACACUGCUAAAAUGAGUGACACUCAAGAGGAUGAUGAUAGUGGUGUAUACUUUGCUGAAAGUACAUCACUAGAAUCACAGAAAUAUGAUCAGUCAGAGGUGAAACAAAAUGUGACAACAGAUGCGAAAUAUGGAGAAAAUUUUCAAAAUGAGAGUAAUUAUAGCAAUAAUCUUAGAAAUGGUAGUAAUAAACAAAACAGUGAUUUAUUUAAAGGCAUUUAUACACAUACAAAUCAACAAAUUACAAACAAAAACACUCCAGCUGCAUUACAUACUUCAUCAGAAUGUGAUGAUCAGGUUGACCCAUACUGCUCAACAAAUAUUUCUCAGGACAGUGACAAUAAGAAUCUGAAGACAAAAGAAAUUAUAGGUUACGUUACAUCAUGCUGUUCUAAAGCUAACAUUGUACAGAAUGAACAAUACAGAAGCAAGGAAGAUAAUGGGGAUGUGCCACAUGUCUUAGCAUUAUCUGAUAGAUCUCACUCUACAGCCCUAGAUAAUAGCUGCAAGAAAUUGUAUGAUAAAACUGAUUUUAAAGAGUAUUCUACAGAAAACACUGAAUGUACUGUGAAAGAAACAUCAUUUAAUUUAAACUGUGGGAAUAAUGGAUCCCAUAAAGAAUUAGCAAUAAACAAUGAUGAUAUCACAGAGAUAGUGGACAGAUUUUUGUUGCUCGAUGUUCAAGAUUGCUCCAGCAGUGAGCCUCGAGAGCUGAAAGAAAAUGUGGGCCAGCAGAAGUACAAAUUGCCUCACAAAGAAGAACUCCCUAAAACAAAGGAGGAUCCUCUUGUAGAGAUAUCAAAAAAGUUUAGCAUGUUCUUGUGCGACAUGUUGGGUAGUAGUAGUCUUCAAAAUGCAGUUUCAGAUGCGGUUGUUCAGCCUCUUCCUACUUCACACUCUUGGCUAUCAACUGUUGAUAUUAAUUCCAAAUAUGAAAACUCCAAAGGCCAGAAAACUUCUGUUAAUGAACAUUUUAAAUCCCAGAGAGCUCUCAGAGAUAAACAUUCUAAAUGUGAUAAACAUUUUACAAAUGUUGUAAAACAAAAUAAUGAUGGUCAUAUAGAUGUCAACAAGAAUGUUCUUGCAGAAGUGGAAAACAGGCUGGAUCAUAGUGAAGAGGCACAUGUAAGGAAGGAUUCUGAAAACAAUACUUCAAACUUCUUGAAAAGUAUUAGUAUCAUGGAUUUACCUGAUGAAAGUUGCAGUGCAGAGAUUGAUGAUAGCCUUCCAAACAAUAAUGUUGAUAAUGUAAAUAAAAGCUUAGAAAUUGAAUGCAGUAAUCACGUAGAAAGUGACAGUAAAAUUGGCCAGUCAUGUAGGAAUCAUAACUCUGCUGUAGAUGAUACAGAGGUCUCAUAUCUGUCCACUGCAACAGAAAUGGAAAGCAAGUUAGAUGGUGGUGGAGAGGCAGAAAUAAGAAAGGAUUCUGAAACAAAUGCUAUAGAUGUUGAGAAAAAUGUCAGUGUUAUGGACUUCACUGAUGUAAGUUCCACUACAGAAGUAUCAACUGUUCUUGACACCAGUAAUAGUAAUGCUAUAAGUAAAACCAUACAGGCAGACUGCACUAAUUAUGUAGAAAGUGACAAAAAACUCGACUUGUUAUGCAAUUUUCAGAAUUCUGUUGCUGCAGAUAAUCUAGAGACAUCAUAUAAACUGAUUGCAACAGAAAGAGAAAGCAAACUGAAUAUUGAUGAAGAGGAACAGAUGCAAAAGGAUUAUGAAGCAAAUGCUACAAACGUGAAAAAUAUCAGUCUCAUGGACUCCACUGAUGUAAUUUCCUCUAAAAGGUCACCAGUCGUUCUUGAGAACAGUAAUAGUAAUUCUGUAAGUGAAAACUUACAGACUGAAUGCAGCAAUCAUAUGGAAGGCAACGGAGAACUUAAUCUGUCAUACAGCUUUCAUAAUUUUGUUGCAGGGACUAUAGAGGCAUCGUACCAACCCUCUGUAAUACAAACAGAAAGCAAAAUAAACCUUAAUGAAGAGGCAGAGACACAAAAGGAUUCCGAAACAAAUACCAUGAAACUUGUGAAAAAUGCUAGUGGUACAGAUUUCCUUCAGGAAAAUUCCUAUGGAGAAGUACCAGAGUUUUCUGAGAACAGUAUUGUUGAUGACCUAAAUGAAUUCUUACAGCCUGAAUGUUGUAAUUAUGUUGAAGAUAACAAAGAACUUAAACUGACAUGGAGUAGUCAGAAUUCUGUUGUGGACAAUUCAGAUAUCAUUGAAGGAAAUGUACCAUCAGAGACUGAAGGAGGAACCAGGUCAGUCCUUGGACAUAACAAAUUAUUAUAUGGUAAAAGCAAAGAAGCCAUAUAUGAAUUACAAAACAAAAAUAUUACUGUCAUUAACACAAAGAAAAAAUCAGUGAAGUUCAAUGAUACUGUUAACAUAAUCAACAAGGUAGAAUAUGCUUUGCAGAGAAAUCGAAGUAUUAGCAUAAAAGAAGAAAAAAAGGUAUUUAAAAGGGACUCAUGGACAACUGAAAGCUGUAUGAAAUCUAAAAUAAGGGAGGUUGCUGAAAAUGAUUCCGAUGAUUCUGAAAAUAUGGUUGAAGAACAUGAUCUGUGGAAAAGUUAUCAUGAAGAACUUUGUGAAACGCCAAAGAAGUCAUCCCUACCAUCUUUUGAAAGUUUCCUCGCCAAGAGCUGUGGAACUGUGGGGAUUAAAACAGAGGAAAAAAAAAUUCAUGAACAUGAACUUUGGACCAGUGACAAUAAUCAAAUUAAUAAAUGUAGAGAUACUCAUCUGCCUUCAUUUGAAAGUUUUAUUUCAAAAACAUCAAAGAAUAUUCACACAAAUCAGACUCAAAGCUCAGACCAGACAGAGUUAAAGCAUGGAAAAUUAACAGUAUUUGGAAGUUCCAUUUCAGAAUGUGAGGCACACAAUAGUCUCCCUGAAGCCCCAUCUCCUCCAAAGUGUUCAGCUUUCCAUGAAAUUUUGCUUGAUGCUACAUUCUGGACCAAACAAAAAAGCCCUGAUAAUGUCACAGGGCCACCUAAAAGUGAGUAUCAGUAGAUAUCCCUCAACAUAUUUAUAUGCUUUAUACAACCAUGACCACGUUGUAAUCAUGCUGUGUGUUAAUCAAAGACUGUGUUAUUUGUAGAAAGGUACAGACCUCAAUAGCCAAAAAUACUAAUGGCCAAGAAUGUAGCUCUGAUAUGCGUAAUAUUAUUAACUGCUUUGCUAGAAAACGUAUAUUUGUGGUACCCCAUGAAGAGUAUUAUUUUUAAAUUAGUAUUUAUUGUAGCCUAGUUUGUAAUAGCAUAUUGUUGGAUACAAAAUGUUAGUAGAAAUGAAGCAGUAUUUUUACAUUAUUUUUUUGUAACAGACUCUUUCAGUAAAAAAAUUAGACUGAAUAAAAGUGUUGUCAAAAACUAAGCAUGACACCUAAUGUGUAUUAUGAUAACUAUCAGACAAGGUGCAUAGACAGUAAUAAACCAUUGUGACUGUGAAUUGAAUUUUGUAAUCUCAGCGUAGUUACCAUGGAGUAUUUGCAGGUUGUGUUCAGUACUUGUAUUUACUCUUGAUAGUGAACAUGUAUUUGAUGAUGAGAAUAUAUAUAUUACCUAAG